UGUGCUCUGCAGUUAUAAGUUGAAAAUAAAAAUGAAAGCGGGAUUUGACCCAGAACAUUACGAGCGUAUUAGUGCCACUGUGAGGCCCAACAAUGUCGAAGCUUUGAAAAGAACGAAGUUCAAAAGUUAUUCUAGUGCAUGCCAUCAGAUCCUUGACAUCGGAUGCGGCAUUGGAGACUUUACGAGAGACGUAUUGCUUCACUGGAAUCAUCCGUGCCGAAAGAUUGUAGGCGUUGACAUAUCCCCAUCCAUGUUGAACUACGCGAAAAGAAACUACGGACAUCGAGAUAUCUGCUACGACGUCCUUGAUGCAGGUUCCUCGGACGUGUCUGCGUUUCUCAACAAGUACGGCAAGUUUGACCGCAUUUACUCGUUUUAUUGCCUGCAUUGGAUCAUAGACCAAAAGGCGGUGUUCCGCAACAUCGGCACGCUGCUGAAAGAUGAUGGGGAAUGCCUCCUCGUCUUCUGCGCACAGUUCGUGCUCUACAACGUCUGGGUAGAAAUGUCCAAGAUGGAACGCUGGAAGAACAUCAUUGGUGAUCCAAGGCUUACGUUUGCCGACACCUGGCAUGACGAGCUGUCCUCAAGCCUGGACGGUCUUGAAGAGGUCGUAAGAAGGCUUGUGGCCGACGCAGGAAUGACGACUCUGUCCUGCGAGGUGUAUCCAACACAAAGUGACUUCAGCAACGACGAACUUCUGCUCGGCCUGCUUGUUCCCCUCGUCACCACGAAGACUGGCACCACUGAAGAGGAAAAGGAUCGUAUGACGGAAGAGCUGUCGGCGAAGCUCCUUGACAACUGCAUUAGGACGCCCGAGGGUCCAAGUUAUCCCUUAGAUCUAUUCUUUGUUCACGCCCAGAAAAAAUCUACUUUAUGAUCACCUCUGUCGUCGGAACACCAACUACGAUCGCGGUGACAACGCAGACAAUGGCAGUUUGACCAGGUCAUUCACUGAUUACAUUCAGGCACAAUCACGUGUAACUACCCAAAAUGCUGCGCCAAACUGACAUUGCCAAAAUAAGAAUAAAAUGAAAGUUGCUUCUCA